AGAUUUCUCUCUGUGUUACUGGAAUCCCUAUUGGAUGCUGCCCUCUGAUGUUUGUGGAAUGAACUGCUUUUGGGAAGCGGCUUUUAGGUAUAGUCUGAAAGUACAGCCUGUUGAGAAAAUGCACCUAGCUGUAGUUGCCUGCGGUGAAAGACUGGAAGAAACUAUGACCAUGUUGAAGUCAGCUAUCAUUUUCAGCAUCAAACCUCUUCAGUUCCAUAUUUUUGCCGAAGAUCAGCUACAUGAUAGCUUUAAAGCCAGACUUGAAAGCUGGUCAUUUCUACAAACAUUUAAUUAUACAUUAUACCCCAUAACCUUUCCAAGUGAGAAUGCCGCGGAAUGGAAAAAACUCUUUAAACCAUGUGCUUCUCAGAGAUUGUUCUUGCCAUUAAUCCUGAAAGAAGUUGACUCACUACUGUAUGUCGACACUGAUAUCCUUUUUUUACGACCCGUUGAUGAUAUUUGGGCUUUACUAAAGAAAUUUAAUUCGACACAAAUUGCUGCAAUGGCACCAGAACAUGAGGAGCCUCGAAUAGGAUGGUAUAAUCGCUUUGCCAGACAUCCAUACUAUGGAAAAACUGGAGUAAACUCUGGAGUUAUGUUGAUGAACAUGACUCGAAUGAGAAGGAAGUAUUUCAAGAAUGAUAUGACAACUGUACGACUACGAUGGGGAGAUAUACUUAUGCCAUUGCUUAAAAAAUACAAACUAAACAUCACAUGGGGUGAUCAAGAUCUAUUGAAUAUCAUAUUUUUUCAUAAUCCAGAAAGCCUUUUUGUUUUUCCGUGUCAAUGGAAUUAUCGACCAGAUCAUUGUAUAUAUGGAAGCAAUUGCCAAGAAGCAGAAGAAGAAGGAAUCUUUAUUCUUCAUGGGAACAGAGGUGUUUAUCAUGAUGAUAAGCAACCAGCAUUUAGAGCUGUUUAUGAAGCACUGAGAAAUUGUUCUUUUGAAGAUGAGGACAUCCGUUCCUUAUUUAAAUCUUUAGAACUGGAACUACAAAAGACAGUGCAUACAUACUGUGGAAAAAUUUACAAAAUAUUUAUCAAACAACUAACAAAAAGCAUAGGAGAUCGUUAUGACAGACCACCAAAGGAAAGGUGAUUCUUGGUGACUGCUGAAUCAAGUGGAUGAAAACAACAAAGUAUCAGAGGGCGAAUGUGAAGGAAUUGUCUUGGAUGAAGUAUUCAGAAAGGAAUUAUUCAUCUCCAGAAUAAUUUUUUUCCUAAAGAAGUUAAAUGAGCAGUAUAUUCAUGUAAUGAAGAAUAAGUUAAAAUCUUGGGCUCCCGCAAGAAACAUUUUUGAUCUCUGAUGUUUUAUAAUGUUACUUGCUAUCAUUCCAGUAUUGAUUAAAAUAUUGAAUGGUUUUGGCCUGCAGACUUCUGUUGACUCUUAACUCUCAAGUGAGUAAGAGCAGUGGGGUCUGUAUGGAUGGAGAAAACGUACCUCAUACACAGUGGGAACACUCAGACUGUGAGUAUAGCAAUAAUUUUAUGUCAGCACUAACCUCACUUUAAAUGUGUGAGAAAAAAGAUGUUUACAGGAGCAGAAAAGGUUCUGUUUCUAAAGAAAUGUGAUGUAACCAUUGACAAUCUAUGUGUGCCUUUAUACAUUUCAUCUCUGUUUGAAAAUAUUUUUGUGACAAUCAUGUUUAAAAUUAUUUUUAGAUUAUAAGUAAGCUGCAUGUUAAAAAUUGAGCUAUAUAAGAAAGGGGAAAAAUAGUGGAAACUUUGGGGUUUCAAUGUGUGUGUGGGUGUGUGUGUGUGUGUGUGUCUAUGGGGGUGUAUGAGAGAGAGAGAAUGCAGUGUUUUCAUUUUGUAUGCAUUAAACUGUCUUGCCAAAA